AUGGGAGACAUCUCGGCUGAGGGGAUGGUGCAGAAUGAGGAGGCGCCUUUCCCCUUAACGGAUGCGGACAAGUGGGUGCUAUCGCAGACAGACCAGGAGUUCAAAAGGCACGACUGGGAAGAGUUGAGACAAGUAGUUGAAACAAACAACCUAUCGGUUCUGAAAAGAAGGCCGUCGGACCUUAGACGGUACAUGGCGUGGGCAGCCGAAACCAAGGCCCGGUAUGGUAGCAUGACGCAGUAUCUGCUUUGCAACAGGCUUCCCAAAUCGUGGGGUCAGCCGCCGUUUACGCCAGAAUCCCGAGUCCCUUUCGAAAAGCCAUCGGAUUACGCGGUUCUGCUGAAUGACUGGCCGUAUGGUCUCGAGCCGGACAUCGCCCACUUGGUGGUCUGGACUCGCACUCCGAUCCCGACAGACGGCGACAAGGGUGACAUGACGCCUGCGAGCAGAGCGCUGGUAGGGGAUUUCGUCCAGAGGUACUUUGUGGAAGCGCUGGGCCAAGGCGGCGGGGCCAACGUGUUGUGGUUCAAGAACUGGGUGGCUUUGCAGAGUGUUCGCGCUCUGGAGCACAUCCACGUCUUGGUGAGGAACGCGGACCAUGACUCGUCCGAUGGACUGCGGGACAGAUGUGAGGGAGGGAAAGGGAAACACCUAGUUGCGUGCGUGAAUAGACUGCUUUGCUCGGGAUAG